AUGGAAUGCUUGACAGUCCUGAGAAAAUCGCAUACCGAGGUCAUUGGCGAUUUGCGUGAAAUUUGCGAGAAGCUAAAGUUGAUCAAGUCAGAAACAGCAAAUCUUCGCAAUAACUUGGCUAUGGAAGCGACAGAGGAUAAACUGAUUGGAGAUCUCGUCCAGAAUCAGACACUCUCAAGCAUUAUCUACAAGGCACUAUUGAAGAUGGCAAAUAUGGAUGAUAAAUUAAAUGUGCUCGAACAAAAUAUGAAAGUCACUUCAACUGAGGCUGAAAAGCUUGUACUUGCAGCGGAUGAUCAUCCCAAGGAAUUGGUAGAUUCCGAUUCUGAUUCCGAUGACGGAUCUUCUACUUCAACUAUAGUCGAUGAGCCAUCGAAUGUCCCAUACAGCUCUGAGCUGCAAACGCUGCUCAAUUCGCUUAAGAAUCGAGAGAUUCAACUAGAUUUCAGUCUAAAGUUAGAGUCGACGGUGAAACAACAACUUGUGCAUCCCAUUGUGCGCAUUAAGGAGAGUAAUGCUGCUGAAGAUCAGAAUAUUAACUCUUCGGAUCCCAUUGAUAGAAAACUGUUUGAAUCGUUUGGAGAUCAUCGCAACAGGUUGCUGGCUCAUUGCCAGUAUGUGAUGCGAUCCUAUGGCAUUCCUAUGUACGAGUUCUCGACGUCUUGGGCUAGUGGACACGCGCUUUGCGCCCUCAUUCACUAUCAUCACCCGGAAUUGAUCGACGAGUCGUAUUUGAAGUGCAAAAAUGCUGAUGUCACUCUGCAAUAUGCCAGCGAUGUAGCACGUUCAAUUGGCGUCGAAUUCGAGGGGAGUUUGGUCCGAUUGUAUCGUCAAAAGCGUCCCAGCUAUAUCAAGGUGUUCACUUUCGUCCACAAGCUGUAUAACAAACUCAUCUCUAUACCGAUGCCCAAAAGCGAGUGA